GGCGCCGAUAGGGCGGGCGGCGGCGGGCGCCACGUCGGCAGCGGGGACGGGCGGAGGAGUAAAGUCUGAGCGGAGCCCGGGCUGAGCGAGCCGCGACUGCUGCGCGGUGUAUGCAGAAUAUUUUUGUGGAAACAACUAACUAGAAAUCUUCACAAAAUAUUAUAUUUGCAGGAAGCACAAACAGGAACCUCCCUUAGGAUACACUGCAGUCCCCCUGUGACCAAGGGGCUCUGAUGUAAAGUGGGACAUACAAGCCUGGGUCUUAAUUGACAAAGGAGGCAUUGAAUUGUAGGCAAUAAUGAAUCAAACGGACAAAAAUCAACAGGAAGUCCCAUCAUACCUUCAUGAUGAACCACCAGAAGGUUCACUAAAAGACCACCCGCAGCAGCAGCCUGGGGUGCUUUCUCGUGUGACUGGUGGCCUCUUCAGUGUCACAAAGGGAGCUGUUGGUGCCACAAUUGGGAGUGUUGCUUGGAUUGGAGGGAAGAGCUUGGAAAUUACCAAAACAGCGGUGACAUCUGUGCCUUCAGUGGGAGUGGGUCUAGUCAAAGGAAGUGUUUCUGCUGUAGCUGGAGGCGUUACAGCUGUAGGAUCUGCUGUUGCAAGUAAAGUGCCUUUAACAGGAAAGAAAAAAGAUAAGUCUGACUAAAACCAAAACUGAGACAUAACUCAAUUCUCCAGAAUAUUACAUCAAUGGCAUUAAAAUCUGCUAAGAGUGGGACCAUGAGAAGCCAUGUGUCUUAGACACUUUAUCUUCCAACGAGUUGUGCAAGUAACUCGAUUUCAUCUGAAAAGGACAGAAGAAGCUUGGUUAGCACAGCGUAAGAAGAUUUAUUAGAGCCUAGAUUGAAGCUUUGUAUCUGGUGAAAUGUUACACUUGGUAACUAUAGAAGUAAGUGUAUCUGAAGGAAUAAUACAUAUUUGAAUAUUCAUUUACUGUAAGUCUUCUGCAGUUUUGGACUAAAAUGUGAACAUAGAAGCUUGGUCAUCUCUGCUGUACCACUGAUACAAUGAGAUGCCAGUUCCUGUUCUCAGUGGUUUCCACAUGCUCCUGCUAAGGAUCCUUCAGCUGUGUAAAAUCAUUGCUGGAUGUACCCAAACAGUCUUGGUUAUGAACCUGUAUUUUUAGGCAGCCUGUAAACUGUCCCUGACAGCAUUCUGCCAGUGCAGACUGGAGCAAAUAGAACUGAAGGUGUGCAGAAAUGGGAAAUGAGUGGGAGAUAGAAGUGAAAAAGAUUGACAACAUGGUAGAAGGGAUCACAAAGAGUAAACUAACUUAAUGCCUUAUUAGAAAAAAUAUCUUUUUACUAGGUGAAGCUGUGUACAGAACUGUCUUGUCAUUUCAGUGCAGUUCCCAGACUGAGCUUUAGACUCUUUACAAAUCCUGAUAGCUGAAUUUUUUUGUCAGUUUUUACUGAAAAUACCAUUGCUCCAUCUCAGGUGUAUUUAAUGAUAUGCAUCUAUCUCCUGCAGGUGAAAACUUGCUUCUAAUACAUUUUUUAUAGACACUAGGAAAAAAGAUGGCUUAAUGGAAACUGGGCUGAUUGUUUGUGGCUAUCUAGCACAACUGUCUUACUUGCUAGAAAUUCCUUUGUGUAGUUGGAAACCACUGAAGAACUAGCAAAGCUGUUGUCUCAACUUCGUGAUGCACCGGGUUGUCUUCUUGUUCUGUUCAAGCAAAUGCAAGGAAUUUUUCGCUACAUCUCUUUCUCAUACUUUACAUUUUGAUUUUUGAGUAAAACGUAAUACUUUUAUUUAAAACAAACCAAAAAAGGUAGAUGAGGCCUUAAAGGAAAAAAAAAAAGAAACAUCAUUCCAGUAAUUUGUAUACUGACAGGUUCCAAAUAUUGACACACCUCAAAUGGGAACAUCUGUAGGUCUUCUGUAAUGUGUGAGGCAAAAUGCACUUGUAAAGACACAGCUUGAGGUUGCCUUAAAAUAGAAGCUGUUGAUGAUCUUUUAUUUGUGUACUGACUUUGCAAAUAAGUAACCUCUUUAGAAGCCCAUAGAAGGCAUCUGUUCAUGUCGUUUAUGCAGUAUUUUCUACAAACUUGUGUUCCUAUGGAGAACUUGUAAGCUUACUUUUAUAGUGUCUGUGGUUGUACUAGAAGGAUAUAUGGGGGGACUUUUUAAAAAUGGAAAAAAAAAAGAAACAUAUCACUUGUCUAAAACUUAGUCCUCUGUUCAUGGGUGUUGAAUGUACACUAUGUCUAAAUUAUAGUACAGUAGUCACCCAAUCUCUCUGAGCCAUUGGUACUUCAACUGCACUCUGUAAUUAACAACUUUAUUUUAGAUCAGUAAUUGUGUAUGUUGGAAGCAUGAUACUCAUAAGCAUGGGAACAUGGGGUGGUGGGAAGAGCAUCUGCCCUUUCUGUUAGAUGCACCAGCUGCUUAGUUCCAAUCUCCUGCAAGGGCGUAACAAGGUAAGUUUAUGCAACAAACUGAAGACUUUAACUGCGUUUUAUAGUCAAAAGCUAAUUGCAUAGAAUAUAGUAUGGUUUAAGGGUACCAGUUAGCUCUAGAAAUGAGCUAGCCUGGGUAUCCGAGGCAAUCUAGCUGCAGUGUUUAAUUUAGUAUGGUCUGCUCCUCUGCAGUUUCCAACGUAGCCAUAUCCCCAGAGGGCUGCCACUGAACUCUUUAGAAACUGUCUGGAGCACAGUGGUAUUUGUGACACCCAACUAAACACCCUUCCUGAUAGUUUUUUGAAAACAUGAAUGUUGAACUGGUCAUACCCUUUUUUUUUUUUUUAAUUAUAUUCCUUAAUUGUUAAACUAUGAAACUUGCAGCAAAACAAGUGUGGUCUGAGAUAAACAAUGUUAGAUCUGUAAAGAGCUGCCAACACUUCAUUAUGUUUUGUUCAUAACAUAUCCUGUAGCUAUUGCUUCUGAGUCUUGUAACUGAAACACUUUUACAUGGCGUAUGGUUUUAGUUUUCAAAGAGCUUUGUCCUAUAUCCUGUGUAUUUUCCAUUCACUUAUGAAAUUUGCUUGAUCUUAAGAACUUGGCCCGAUUCUGUCCUGGCACCUGUGAAAUAUUAAAUUGUUGCUGUUUCAGACA